AUGAAAUAUGUAGCUAAUGGGUUAGCAGUGAAUAAUACAUUAGCAGGACUUCAUUUUGGAUGGAAUGAGCUUGGUUGUCAAGGUGCAAGAUAUCUGGCCAGUGCAUUGGAAAAAAAUCACUCUCUUGUUAACCUGAAUCUUUUUGCAAACGGCAUUGGACAUGAAGGUAUUCAAUAUUUAGCAAAUGGAUUACGACAUAAUCGAACACUUACUACAUUAUAUAUGCCGAGCAAUACCAUCGAUGCCGAAGGUGCACGACAUCUUGCUGACGCUUUACAAAAUAAUAGCACGCUUACAACUCUGAAUUUGUGUGGUAAUCCAAUCAGAAAUGAAGGAGUACAAUAUUUAGCUAAAGCACUGGAAAACAAUACUACACUAACAACACUGUAUCUCGAAGGAAUCUUUAUGACUGCUGAAGGAGUACAUGCACUUGCUAUUGGACUACAAAAUAAUCGAACACUGACAAUGAUAUAUCUCCGAGAUAAUUAUUUUGCGACGCAAGGAAUACAACAUCUAGCCAACUUAUUGCAGACAAAUAGUACAGCCCUGACGAUACUCAAUCUUGAUCGCCCUAAUACUGAAGGCGACGUUGUGCAAUAUCUAUUCAGUGCAUUACAAUAUAAUACUACACUCACUACUCCCAGUCUUAAUAUUGGUAGAAUUGGUCCUGAUCCAAUGCCAUACCUAGCUAAUGCAUUAAUACAUAACACAACACUCACGACAAUUUCUCUUAUUCUCAAUGGUAUUGGUCCCAAUGGGGCACAAUAUUUAGCUAAAGGACUAGAAACUAAUAGUACACUUAUGAUACUGGCACUUGCGUUUAAUGCAAUCGGUGCCGAAGGAGCUAGGCAUAUAGCUAAUGCCCUAAUGCAUAACAAAGGCUUAACUACAUUAGAUCUUGGAUCGAACAGAAUCCAAGCAGAAGGAACUCGAUAUAUAGCUAAUGCAUUAUUGAAUAACAAAACACUGAAGACAUUAUCAUUUGGAGGCAACGACAUUGGUUUAGAAGGAGCUAAAUGUUUAGUGAAUGCAUUACUUAUCAAUAAAACACUCGCAAUGUUGAAAUUUAGAGAAAAGGAUGUUUCUGCAGAUGGUUCACAAUAUUUAAAAGACGCAUCACUUUAUUUAACCGCAAACGUGACAUGGGAUAAAUGA